AUGGGCCGACCGUGGACGACCAAGGAGCAAGCAGAUUUCCUACAGGGACGGUCCGCCGAAUACAAAGAAGCAAGUGAAAAAAAAAACUACCUGGUGUUUUGGGAUGAACUCUUUCUGGCUUGGUUCUCCGCUUUUCCUGAACCCAUCCCCCCCGAGCUACAGAACAUUGCUCCCGAGCUGUGGAGCGACGAGGACAAGGGAAAGGCCAAAAAAAGAAUCAUACAACGUAAAGCACAAUUGAGAGACUGGUACCACAACCAUUUCCGCGUCGAUUGUCGGGUCGACUCGACCAAUGCUGUGGAUAAGCUAUUGAAGCUAAGCGAGAAAGUGGCGACUGGCAAGCGUGCUCGAAAAGCGACGGAAGUGUUCUCUGGGUGUUUCUACCAGGGGUCGGCGACACAGGAGACUGUUCAGACACGUGUCAGAGACGAGGCCCCUUGUGACGAGGCUGGGGAGCUUAUCAAGGAGGACCGGAGAGCCAAAUCGGCGCGGCGUAUGAAGAUUUAUGAUGAGGAAAUCGAGGCCGCAUGGAAGCAGGCAUCAGAUGAGCAGAAGGCUGAAGUAGAAGCUGUUAUAGAGGAGGCCAGAGCACGCAGAGAGACUGAAGAAGACGAGGAGCCCAAGACAAUAGAUCAGAUAGAGGGUCUUCGUCGCCUUCCUGCCCUCAUGGAUGCCGUCGCAAAGGCAAUGCAGGAUACCUGCGGAUGGUCCUUCACGAUCCUAGCUGGUGGACGUGGCCCAGCUGGUAACGUUCAGACAGCAAGCUAUCAUUUGGGGAAGACAAAGAAUGGGCAUACGUUCAAAAACGCGUUCAAGGAAUUCGACAGCUCCAUUAUGAGACCUUGGACGUCGUUUGUGAGAACCGUUUGCGAGGAAAAUGAGGUCCCAUGUGGCCCGUUUCCUCCCACGGAAUGGACCAGCCAAGGUGGAGAGGCGCCUAUGCAUGGCUACCACCCUCCAUCGACAUGGGACCCGGCCUUUGACAUUACCAACAACUCUGGUAACGCUUCCGCAAGCCCCCCGCCUCAAAUGAGAGCCCAUAAUGCUACAUCGUCGAGCCCGGAAUCUCCCAAGGAUGCAAAUCGCGAACCAGCAACCACUACCAACGUUGGUGGGCCACUAGCCUCAGGGACUCGUGAAGACUCCCCUUCGCUACAAAACCCAGACGGCAAACCAGCUCCGACCGCCCCUUUACAUGCCCCAGCGACCACUACCAAUGUUCCCAACCCAACAGACUUGCAAAAUCAACCAAACGGCCUAGCACCCCAGAACGCUGGUGUCCGAGGAACUCGUGAAGACUCCCCUUUGCUACAAAACCCAGACGGCGGACCAGCUCCGACCGCCCCUCUACAUGCCCCAGCGACCACUGCGACCACUACCAAUGUUCCCAACCCAAGGGACUUGCAAAAUCAACCAAACGGCCGAGCGCCCCAGAAACCAGUGUCCGCUAGAACGCCAAACGACGAAACAUGUCGAGCUGCCCAAGGUUCUCAAGAAUUGUGGCUUACGGGCGCACUCACACGUUUGCGACAGGGCGCAGGGGCUGACUGGCUGGAGGCAGUGGAUCUGUGGGAGCAAAUAGAGAGUGAGCCUACAAGUAGCAAGGCUAAACGCUUCCCAACAGAUAAUCGCCCCGCCCAGGUAGCACAAUGGUUUGCCUACGGACGAAGCUAUAAAGAUGACCCCGACAUUCCUGACGUCAUAAAGUAUGAGCAGGAUUUGCUUGCCUGGUGGAACGGGCUACAACCAGAAUGGCCUCGAUCAGCGGGCCCUCUGCCACUCCCCUCCUACAGUGCCCCCGACGGGCAUGAUUGGAGCUCGCUCAAGAUUACGGGUCGGAGCGGGCUGCUUGUCGUCAUGGUGUCGUUUGCAUGGUGGGGAAAGGCCGUAGGCAUCUCACCUUCAUGGCUGACGGCCUCUGCUGACUUAAAACAUGCCUUGGAUGCCAUGCUGAGCGAAGGAAAAGAGGGGACUUCCCAAAGCAGAGCCAACAGGAAGCGUUGCCGAGACAUGCAUGUCGACAGAGAAAAUGCAACUUUCGCUAAGCAGCGCAAGCAGCUACGCCAACACGCCAUACCUGUUCUUGCUCAGCGCAAGCAGCCACGCAAACACACCAGACCUGUUCCCGCUCGCGUAACUCGGAGCUCGGCCUCUGGUGCCCCUCGGAGUUGUAAAUAA